AAAACCUUCUUUACAUGACGCCCCCAUCUUUUUCCCCCCAGAGAGAAGAGUAUAAAUACUAAACAGUCUAAUGACAACUUAUCACCUUGUAUUGUACAUCACAAUUUGAAUACCAGCAUACAGAUAAUCAGGACAUUGACAUGAUGUGCAAAGUACUGAUCUUCAGCUGCAUUUCAGUAGCAGUGCUUAUGACUACAGCUCACGGAGCAUCGCUAUCAUCAGAAAAAUUGGAAAUUCUUCCAACAUUAAUAAAAGAUUUAGGAAUACUGGAAAAAAGCAAGAACGAGAUUCAUCUCGAGCUCUACACACCAAAUGAGAUCCAGGAGUGCAGUCGGCAAACUCUGCAGUGUUACCUGGAAGAAAUGGUUACUCUGGAGAAAGAAAUUGAAGAUGAGCCUGAAAUUGAAAAUGAAGUUGAAAAUGCUCUUCAAAGUAUCAAAAAGAACCUCCAGAGACUUAGGGAUCUAAAUCCCAUAGAAGGUGACUGCAAGAUCUGUGAAGCUAACGACAAGAAAAAUUUUCCUGAUUUUCUCCAACAACUGACCAACUUUCUGAGAUCUAUGCAAAAAUAAGCAACUAAUCAUUUUUAUUUUUACUGCUAUAUUAUUUAUUUAAUUAUUUAAUUACAAAUAAUUUAUAUAUUUUAUCCCGUGG